UCCAGUUAGACUUCCAAGUGAGCGUGGGAGAAGCAACAGGAUUGUAUCCCCCCUGCAGCUACGUGUGGCAAUAAACAACAAGUUAAAAUGGUGGAUGGGCCUUUGGGUGCCAGUGUGAACUCUUGAAUGAAUGAAGUUCCUGAGACAAACAAAAUCCAGCUCCUAUGGCUAACUAAAUGGAGAUUUUCUUCGCAUUCUUCUGCUGAGUUCCUUCAAAUCAAAGAAGUAUAAACAUUUAUUCUGAUUGAUCUGGUGACAACUUUCUUGUAACUGCUUUAACUCUUGUGAAGUAAUGGAGGAUGCAAGAACAACAAGCUUAAAGGAUGCAUAUAGCGAAUGAGAAAUAACAGAAAUAAUCCAUAACACCUUUUCUUCUUCUGAAAUAGUGAUGUUUCAAUUCUCCUGACAUUGAACACAUUCCUGAAAAUGAAAUUGGAUAAAAUUGGUCUUCUAAGCUUCUUCUUGCACCUGGCAGGAGCAAUUCUGGAUAUCACUCUGGUGGCCAAUGUUCUGAGUCCCUCCCACAACAACUUCUACCUGUCCUGUGUGACAGGCGAGCGGAAUGCCAGCCUCCAGAUUGACAGAGACAAUGCCAUGAUCAAGACCACAUCCAAGUUCCAGAUAUAUAGGAACAGCAGCAAGGAGGUGCAUAUGCGAGGGUUUUCCCGAGCAGGCCUGGUAGGCAUCACGUACUGCCUGGGGAAGACACAGUCAGAGCAAACCAGAGUUGUUUACGUGCACAACGAUAUUAACGCCAACCUGAUCCCAGAGAAAGUGACACACACAAUCAGCCUCUCCCAGUCAGCCAUACUUGUUGCCAGGAUAAAGAAUGGGAAGAAAACAGAUAUCUGGUGGAAAAGGAAUGGGACUUACUAUGACACCAUGCACCAGGGUGAGUUAAAGGAGAAUCAGUCCAUUCUGAUCUUAUCAUCUGUUACCAUGGCUGAUGGUGGGAUUUACAGUGCCACAUUUAUAGAGGACAGUCCUUUGUCAAGUGCCUUCUUCAGACUGAUUGUGCGAGGUUGUGCAGCCAAGAAAUGGGGCUCAUUUUGUGACAAAGACUGUCCUGAUUGCCUGAAUGGAGGCAUUUGCCAUCACAUUGUGGGAGAAUGCAUCUGUCCACCAGGUUUCAUGGGCACCCGCUGUGAAAAAGCAUGUAGGGAAGGCUGGUUUGGACGAAAUUGCCAAGAGAGGUGUUCUAGUGAGCAGGGCUGCAAAGGGUUAUCCUUCUGUCUGCCUGACCCGUACGGCUGUUCCUGUGCUGCUGGGUGGAGCGGUCUCCAAUGCAAUUCAGCUUGUUCUCCCAGCAAAUAUGGUCCUGACUGUACCCUGGAGUGUAACUGCCAGAAUGGAGGCACCUGCAAUCGAUUCAGCGGUUGUAUCUGUUCAUCUGGUUGGCAUGGACAGCAUUGUGAAAAGUCAGACCGUAUACCCCAGAUCAUCAACUUGGUGUCUCACUUGGAGUUUAACCUAGGCUCCCAGACUGUAGUUACCUGCAUAGCAACAGGCAACCCACCUCCUGUGCGCGAUAACAUUGAACUACGCAAGCCUGAUGGAACAGUGAUAAUACCCACAAAAGCCAUCAUGGAAAAGGACAUGACAACCUGUGAAUUUCAAGUGUCACAAGUGAUCUCUUCUGACUCUGGCCUCUGGGAAUGCCGUGUCUCUACUACUGGGGGACAAGAUAGUGGCAAGUUCAAAGUUACUAUAAAAAUGCCUCCAGUGCCAUUAAGCCCUCCCAGACUUUUGGCCAAGAAGAGCCGGCAGCUGGUGAUAUCCCCUGUGGGGCCUGUUGCAGGUGAUGGACCCCUCAUCUGCAUCAAAGUUCUGUAUAAGCCCCAAACUGGCAGUAGUUGGUCAUCUAUUGAAGCAGUUGAUAACGCCCAGAACAUCACUCUCAUGAACCUGCGACCUGUCACAGCCUACAUUGUUAAGGUUCAGCUAACACGCCCUGGAGAGGGAGGAGAAGGUGCUGCUGGCCCCAGUGCUAUCAUGGUAACGGAUUGCAAAGAGCCAACAGCCAAACCUGUAAUUGGAGGUUCAUUUGUUGAGGGGAGCAACAAUCUACGUGUGAACUGGAAUUUGCCCAAUAGUGACAAUGUGGGUUCUGGGUUCCUUGUCCGGCUCUAUGACGCAGCCAAAGAGCUUGUUCAUCAGGAAAACAUCACUUCCAUGAUUGUGCAGUCAGCCUAUAUUCCGAAUCUCAAGUUCAAGAAGGACUAUAGCCUAGAAGUAAUGGUCUAUCACUGCACCAGCUUGGGACCACCAUCUGAUCUCUACAAAUUCAAGAUCAACAGUAAAGGACCCUCAUCACCACGCUCUCUCUCGGUGAACUCCCUCGCUGAUAAUACCAUCCGGCUGUCCUGGCUAGCCCCUGAAUACUCUAAUGGGGGCAUCAACAAAUACAUUGUAGAAGUGCAGCAGCUGGGAGGCAGCAGUGAUCCACAAUGGAUGGACACAGAGAAUGGCAGGGAUACCACAAAGAUUAUCACAGGGCUUAAUGCCAGCACAAUCUACCAGUUUCGGGUGCGAGCCAACUCUUACGUACCGGGCGAGUGGAGCCAGCCUGUGAGAGCUGAAAUCCUGGGCGAUGGAGCCCUGAGCCAAGUGCCCACCCUGGAAAGUAAAAACUUGCCUCCAUCAAUCAUGGACCAGCAAUUGGUAUUAGCCAUUGUGGGGUCUGUCUCUGUUACCUGCCUGACCAUAUUGUUUGCUCUCCUGGCUCUUUUCCUCAUCAAGAAAAAUUGUUUUCAUCGGCGCCGCACCUUCACCUACCAGUCUGGCUCGGGAGAAGAAACUAUUCUGCAAUUCAACUCGGGCACCCUGACACUGACACGCCGGCCCAAACCACAGCCUGAGCCACUCAGCUAUCCCAUCCUGGAGUGGGAAGACAUCAAGUUUGAGGACAUGAUAGGGGAAGGGAACUUUGGACAAGUAAUCCGAGCCAUGAUCAAGAAAGACGGCCUGAGAAUGAAUGCUGCCAUCAAGAUGCUGAAAGAAUUUGCCUCUGAGAAUGACCACCGGGACUUUGCUGGAGAACUGGAAGUUCUUUGCAAGCUGGGACAUCAUCCCAAUAUCAUCAACUUGCUGGGAGCCUGUGAGAACAAGGGUUACCUAUACAUCGCUAUUGAAUAUGCACCCUAUGGGAAUUUGCUAGAUUUCCUACGCAAAAGCCGAGUGUUGGAGACAGAUCCUGCCUUUGCCAGGGAGCAUGGAACCGCCUCAACCCUCACGUCCCAGCAGCUCUUGCAGUUUGCAUCUGAUGUAGCUAAAGGCAUGCAGUAUCUGAGUGAAAAACAGUUUAUCCACCGAGACCUGGCUGCCAGGAACAUACUGGUGGGUGAAAACUUGACCUCCAAGAUUGCUGAUUUUGGUUUGUCCCGAGGAGAGGAAGUUUAUGUAAAGAAGACAAUGGGACGUUUACCAGUUCGUUGGAUGGCCAUUGAAUCCUUGAAUUACAGCGUAUAUACAACCAAGAGUGAUGUGUGGUCCUUUGGGGUCCUUUUGUGGGAAAUUGUGAGCCUGGGAGGGACACCAUAUUGUGGCAUGACGUGUGCUGAGCUUUAUGAAAAGCUGCCGCAAGGAUACCGCAUGGAGAAGCCUCUCAAUUGUGAUGAUGAAGUGUAUGAAUUAAUGCGUCAAUGCUGGCGGGACCGGCCAUAUGAACGUCCACCAUUUGCUCAGAUCUCAGUGCAGCUCAUUCGCAUGCUAGAAGCUAGGAAGGCAUAUGUGAACAUGGCAUUAUUUGAGAACUUCACUUACGCAGGAAUUGAUGCUACGGCUGAGGAGGCAUGAGGGACCUAACUCCUUCAUCUCUAGCUACAAAUAGAGCCCAGAUGAUUGGGACUUUCUUGUACAUUUGCCUCAUGGUGUUGUCAGCAAUUUAUUAUACAGACUGUGCUGGGCACAGUGUACAGUUGGAUGCUGUUAGUUUAGAAGAUCCUGCAGGAACCUAACAUGUCAACUUUCCCUACAUUGGAGGAGACUACCCUUGAAUGGAUUGUUCCAGUAUGUGGGGCUUUUGAAAAUCAAACAUUAUAGGUAUUUUCUGUAUAAGAGAGAGGCACCUCACUCCAAGGGAGAACAUAUCCAAAGUGUUCCACCAUACUGAAGAAAAAAAGGCUAAGAAGAUUGGGAACCAGUCAAGGACACUGUGGCUACAAUGCACACCACACAAGAAAGGACAGCCCCACAUUACUGCCAAAUUCCUUGGAUAGCAUUACUGAAAAGGUGGGGCAGCUGGCAAACAGGGCAAUUCUUUCCAGAAUCCAAUUCUCCAAGGAAUAACGUCUAUCCAUAACGAUCAACUUUGUCAGCCCCACUAGGUAGACCGGACCAGGAAAGCAACUCCACAGGAAAGCUAAAACCACUUUUACUGAGACUGACUAUAAUAAUGGAAUCUUGUGAGUCUGAUGGUGCUGCCCCUCCUCCUCCUCCUCCUCCUCCUCCUCCUCCUCCUCCUCCUUAU